AUGGCCCGCAAGGCCGACGAGCUGCUUGCGGACCUGGACCAACUCGGCAGCGAGGAGCAACCAGAAGCGCCGCCCUCGUCCGCCAAAAGCGCCAACCCCGCAGCAGCAGCAGCAGCAGCAGCAGCAGCUGGCACCCCCAACGACGAGGACGACGCGUUUGCCGAGAUCGAAAAGCAACUGAAAGCGAAACCCGCCGCCGGGUCGCGCCCGGGAACGCCGCGCGUGAGCUCGAGCACGACCAGCGGCACCAAGCGGACGGCAGAGUACACACCGGCCAGCACAUCCGUCGGCAGCAGCAGCGAGAGGAACAGCAGUGAAGACCGCGCCCGAGCCCACGCGCCGCCGCAGACCAGGAGCAGCGGCGAGGCGAGUCGGAGUUCCCAUCCGGCGGCGCAGCAAACCCCUCCUCAGCCGGAGAAUGCUACUACUACCCCUGACAAGGCCAGUGGUGGGGGAGGUGGGUGGUGGGGGAGCAUGUUCAGCGCGGCUUCUGCUGCUGUCAAACAGGCGGAGACGCUGGCGAAGGAUCUCCGGGGCAAUGAGGAGGCGCUGAAGUGGGCGGAUCAGUUGCGGGGGCAGUAUCAGAAUUUACAAUCUAUUGGUAUGUUUCGUGGAGGGUUGCCUGAUGAUCUUGGAAAAUGACGGUGCUGGAUUAGUAUCUUCUGUGUGGUGGCAUUCUGGAGAUCGGAGUACCCGAGAUACUUAUGUUGACUGACGUGCAUGCUUCUAGGCACCGAUCUUCGUUCACGCGCUCUCCCAACCUUUACCUCGCUCAUCUCACACAUCGCGCCUCCCAUAUCCGCGCACGAACGCCUCCAAAUCCACACAACCCAUGACAUUCAGAACUACCCAUCUCUCGAUCCUCUAAUCUACUCCACGUUCAGCCGUAUUAUGUCGCAGGUCGAAGGCGGUGAUCUUCUUGUCAUCCAACGCGGCAGCGAGUCCCGCAACCGCAGUUCUAGCGACGCGCAAGGCUACAAGGGCGGCGUAUUGGGCAGCGGCAGCAGUUGGACAGACGGACCUUGGUGGAGGGAAGAGGGCAGCAAACGAUCUCUCGGCGCCGUGCCUGGACUCAAGGAAGGUACAAGAUUGACAAGAGUCAGUGCGGAAUCAUACGCCAAGGAGUUCUUCGAUGCACGAGGCGGAGUGGAAGAAGCCGCCAAGAGAGCGACGGAGACUCUGAGCGAAUCCAAUCCCACGCGGAGCAGCGACAUCUUUCUGGCGAUCCAGGCGAUCAGCUACGCUGCGGACAAGGACUUCUUCGCGGGAGACGCACAUGCCGCGGAGCCCGAGACGAUCGGAGUCGUGGACCCCGAAGAGGGAAGCCAGGAGCUGGUGGUCUUUGCCGUCUACCUCUACGACCCACUCCAUUCUCUAUCCUUCCGAGGUCUCUCCCAACCCUUCCCCCAACGCUGGGCGGACUGGCUAGACGCCGAAGCCAGCGCAGGAGGCCUGCCGGAAUCCAUCGUGGAGAUCAUCCAAUCCGGUGGCGUGGAUCCCCGCGAAUGGGUCGCGGAGUGGAUGGAGGAGAUCCUGUCGCUGGCCGUCGGCGUCGUGGCCCAGCAAUACGUCGCCAAGCGUAUGGGCGUGGGAGAGGGUGGCAUUGGGAGGGGCAAGAAGCGGGUCGAAGAAGAAGCCAUCGGGGGCGAGGCGGCUCGCGCUAUCUGA